AUGAUCAAGCGUGUCCAGCGGAAUGCUGAACCCCUGAGAGAUGCACUGGCACUACACAAAACCAACGUCACCAUGCCAACAGCAACUGAACUGGAGAAAAUGAAGAAGCUUGAGGCUGCGUUGGAGCAGUGCAGGUAUAUAUCUGAACUUCUGGGUGGAGAGAAGUAUGUUUCUUGCUCAGUGGUGCUGCCAGCAUUGUGUCAUCUGUCCCGAGUGAUGGAGGUCACUGAGGACGACCCAUCCUACAUGAUCAAGUUCAAGGGAACCUUCACAGCAGACCUGGAAGCUCGCAAGGAGAAGACCAAUGGGAUCCACCCUGAACCUGCCAGCAAAGUCAUAGUGCGAAAGCCCAAAACUGUGGGGAAACGAUGUCUGCAGUCUACACUCUACAGAGCUGUCCCAGGACCACUUCCUGACCCCGACAUCAUCGCAUCGGGAGACAAAUUACGCCAGCUGGAGUCCCCGCCACUCAUAGCUCUUGUUUUAGAAGCUCUCUCAACUUUGGAGCUGGUUCCGUCUAAAUUUGGGCCUGUGCCUCGAGGCUCACCAAUGUCUUACCAGUGCCCACCUGAGAAGUCCUGCGACGCAUCUUCAGUCUCUGCAACUGUCACUGGAUACGUCUUCAAAAAUAGAGGCUGCAACCAGGGAGCAGUCCAGAUGUCCUGCAUGGGUACAGCUUCGCCAGCCAAGGCUUACAGCUAG